AUGGAAAUUGUCAGAGAAACAAAAGAGGUAUGAAAGAAUUACAGCAAAUGAGUGAGCUUACUUCCUCUCCACCUGCUUCACGUUGAGUAUUAGGCAUUAGUCGAGGGUCUCAAUUGGGAUGGUACCUUUGAAGGCUCACGGUUACUUUUUUCCAACUUUGACAGUUGACGGUUGAAUUUUAGGGCUUUUGACGUUUGUCGGUGUUUUUAUGUGGAAAUCUAGUCCAAGAAUUUAAAUAAAUAGUUCUGCAUAAAUUAGUAUCAACUGUCGUGUUUUAGAGGUUGUCUUGGCCUUUCACUCAUAUUAUGUCCUAGUAUUUUCAGUUGCAAGGUCUUGUAAUGUAUGAAGAGAGCGUUUUUAAAAAAAUAGUGGAGAAGUAGCUUUUCUAGUUUAGAGAUUCUUCACAUCUGUCAGCUGAAAUAGUGAGAUUUGAAAUACCUUGGAAAUUUAAUAUUUAUCUGCAAUUUUGACAGCUGACAUCCAAAGCGGAGGGGAAAAAAAUUUAGAAAUAUGAAAACAGUCACCAUGCUUUGUAUUUUGUAUUUCGAUACGUUAUCUUUCUCUUCUCAACAGAUGGAACUCACCUGGGUGGAGAGCAUGCAAUGUAAAGUCAUAGUGGCGAAUGUUCGACAAUACGCGGGAGGAGCUUAUUUAAAAGCCGUUACAAAGAAGGGUCAUGAACGGGAAGCAAGGAUAACUGUGGAAUUUUACGGGAAACACUUAUGAACAAACAACAGGUAUUUUGAAAAUAUGGACACGUGAGUAAGAUUAAAUGCACGCGUUUUUUUUCUGUGCAUAUUUAGUGACUCAGAGGCAAAGGGGCGUUUUGAAAGUAACAGCUUCAUUUGUUUUGACCAACUUUGUCAACUCAGUUCAUUGGAAAAAGAUGAUGCAAACGACUGUGUAGGAGAAUUAAAACAUUUUGUCACAGGAAUCUUCUCUUCAUUAUUGGCUCCUUUUCUUCAGACGGGAUUGGGUAUCCAUUCUGUAUGGGAAAAUUUGAUCCAGUUCUGGGCAAUUCAGCAAAGUGCUAGCAAUCACUACGCUAGCUCUCAAUGUUUUUGUAUCAGAAAUCAAACGAGUGUGCGAAGCGAACGAGUGAGAUUUCUGACGUGCGUAAGUAUCUUUCGCUCGAUCUUUCCAUGACUGGUCAUGACUGAAGUAUAAUCCUAUAUUUAUGUAUCAGAUAUAACUACCAGCCGGUGAUCAAAAUACAAACUGUUGUAUACCUAGAAUCCAAAUAUUCAUUACGUAUUUCAGAAUUCUAUAUUGGGCAGCAUGACAUGCCAGGAUACAACACCUUCUCGUUCUAUAUAGAGGGCCAACAAUACUUCCUGUGUGCAGAGAAUAACGAAGUGUUUCUGAUGGUAAGUAACAAUACGAGUUCAGUAGAAUGGCUGAAUGAAAUACAAAGUUAACUGAAUUUCAAGGUGGAAGCUCAUCUGACGCAGAUCCCAACUGGUUAUAUGGCAAAUGAUCGACUCUUCUGUAAACCUUGCAUUAGCUUAAAACCGAAAAAAGUUCCCCUACAAAAAUGGAGUAUUCCUCUUUUAACCCAGCUCUGUAGGGUUGCUAAAUAGAAUUUUUAAGAGUAGAGUUAAAAAGGCCCCUUUGCUACUUAAAAAGACUGUGUUUUUCUGCGCUAAAAAUAGUUAGAGCGUCCCGUUCGAAAAUUUUCCGCCAUGAUCUCAACUAUGAAGGGCAAAGUAGCAAAGGGGCCUUUUUAACUCUACUCUUUAAAAUUCUAUCUAGCAACCCUAGAGAGCUGGGUUAAAAGAGGAAUACUCCCUUUUUGUGGGGAAACUUUUUUCGGUUUUAACCUAAUGCAAGGUUUACAGAAGAGUCGAUCAUUUGCCAUAUAACCAGUUGGGAUCUGCGUCAGAUGAGCUUCCACCUUGAAAUUCAGUUAACUUUGUAUUCCAGUCAGCCAUAGGGUUCACACAGUCUAACGCCAUUGACUCACAAAGCCUUUCUUUUACAUCGAUACGUAAUUAUAUGACACAGUAACGUCAUUUUAUCAUUUUUUUUCUUUCUCUUUUUAAUAUAGAGUUCCUCUGAUAGCGAGCCCACUAAUGCCAGGUUCUUGUUUCACGUUGAAAAAGCCAGUAACGUUUUCUACAACAUAAAGUCGGCUGUAAAUCCAGAAAUGUUUCUGGUCAGUGAUGAGUCAGGCAAGGCAACCAUGAGGCGGAAAAAGGGCCGUACAGCCUAUGACAGACAAGCCUGGUUUCGAUUUUUACCAGACGGUGACAUGGUAACGACUCCAGUUGGUGCAGAAACCAUCUUUGAAGCCAGAACGUUCGAAAUCCAGGAGGCUGUUUCUUGUAAUUAA